AUGGCUUCUACAACCCCAGUUCCUGUUAAAGCCAGCAACACAAAGCUACCACCUCUAAGGGCAAAGAAAGAUCGGCACACGAAGGUGAAUGGCAGAGAAAGGCGUGUUCUUUUGCCACCUUUGUGUGCUGCUCGCAUCUUCCAACUCACUCGUGAGCUAGGUUACAAGACUCAUGGAGAGACCAUAGGCUGGCUUCUGCGCCAGGCUGAACCCUCCAUUAUUUCUGCCACUGGCACUGGUAUAUCACCUUCCGUCGUUGAUUUAACGUCAUCGUCAUCAUCACCGUCACCAUCUUCUUCCUCACCACCAAUACUUCCACUACCUUCUGAAGACAACAACGCUGUUGUUGCUCAACAUGCAAAUUCGCCACACGUGUUAGACAAUGAGAUCAAUUCUAAAGAGACAUUUCUGCCAUUGGAUUUUGAUGUGUUUUCAAACUUUAAUGUUGAGUUUUCUGCUGCUGAGAUUGAAAUGCUCCAAUCAUUGAUGACCAGGUUGGGCUGA